AUGGCGUCAGGGAACCUUCCGUGGGAGUUGGAGGAAGAGAUAUUGUGUCGGCUUCCACUUGGAUCUCUUGUUCGGCUAAGAUCCGUAUGUAAACACUGGAACGAUUUUUUCAACGACAAAUGGUUCAUCAAGAAAAGUUUGGGUUGUGCACGUCCCCAAUUCAUAAUCCUGCCCGAAUCCAAGAUUUAUUCGAUAGGAACCAUCGGUCUGGACGGCGUUGAUCCGAAGAUAGAGGUGCGUGAGCUAGCUUGUCAGUUUCAUUUUGAGGCUGAGAAGUGGGCAUUUACCGCGGCUUGCGAUGGAUUAUUGUUUCGUGACUUUUGGAAUCAAGGGGUUACCAUUUGGAAUCCAUGGUUAAGACAGGUUGGGUGGAUCGAGUAUAAGGAGAACAGAGAUUUCCGUUUUUGCGGUGUAGGAUACGAUGCUGGUAAACCCGAAAAGGGCUACAAGAUCUUUGGGUAUUUUAAUCGUUUCUAUGACACUAAACUGAAAAUCGACCAUAGAUUUGCGAUCUUUGAAUGUGCGUCUCAAGCAGUUAAGUUCAUUGAUUCCCCGGAAUGGCCAAUGCUGGCAGGUCGAGGUGAAUAUGUGUCCUUGAAUGGGAAUUUGUAUUGGACUGCUUACAAUGAAGAGACUCGUGAGCAUUUUCUCGGAAGCUUUAAUUUCUCCACGGAAAUAUCCAUGCGCUUUUGUCUCCUUCCUUGUGCGAAGCAUGUUUCUGGCUUACGAGAUAAACUUGUCCUCACUGUAUUUAAGGGCGAUCGGUUUGCAUUGUUAAAGCAAUCUCGUAUAUCAAAGGAUACAAAAGUUCUAACUGCACAAUACGGACCUAAAGCAAGAACGAAAAAGAACGAAAAUGCUGAGAAGGCUUGUUUGAAGUCAUAUGGAAGCCUUAAACCGGAUAGAUUGGAAAAGUUGAAAAAGAGUAUGAAACGAUACUAA